AUGACCAAAGUCCGUGUGGGAGCUGUCCAGGCCGAACCCGUCUGGAAUGACCUCCAAGGGAGUGUCGCCAAGACAAUCAAACUCAUCAAGGAGGCCGGCGAGAAAGGAAUCAAUGUUCUCGGCUUCCCCGAGGUUUGGAUUCCGGGAUAUUUAUGGUCAAUGUGGACGAACAGCCCAAUUGACAAUGUCCAACUCCUCCAUGAAUACAUGGCCAAUUCCCUCGUCCGUAACUCGCCCGAAAUGGACGCCAUCAGAGCCGCCGUCCGAGAAGCCGGAAUCUUCAUUGUCCUGGGCUACAGCGAGCGCGAUGCGGGCAGCAUCUACAUGGCCCAGUCGUUCAUCUCCCCAGAAGGCGAGAUCGUGCAUCACCGCCGCAAGCUCAAGCCCACGCAUGUGGAGCGGAGUAUCUGGGGCGACUCACAGGCCGACUCGCUGAAGACGGUCGUCGACAGCCCCUUUGGCAAGAUCGGCGGCUUGAACUGCUGGGAACAUCUUCAGCCCCUGUUGCGGUACUAUGAGUACGAACAGGGUGUGCAGAUCCACGUCGCGUCUUGGCCGGCCAUGUUCCCCAUGACCAAGAGUGUGCCAUGGGGAUUCUGUGCUACCGGCGACGGUUCAAAGUUGGCGAGUCAGUUCAUGGCUAUCGAGGGACAGACCUUCGUGCUUGCAUGUACGCAGAUCCUCACCAAGGAAAAUCUAGCCAAGCAGAAUCUGGUAGAGGAGGGAAUUAUCCAGGUGCCCGGCGGUGGUUUCGCAAUGAUCUUCGGACCCGACGGUAGUCCGCUGGUAGAAGCGCCCCCUCCCGGCGUGGAGUGCGUCCUCCAGGCGGAUAUCGACUUGCAAAACAUUGAUUAUGCCAAGGCGAUAGCUGAUCCGGUAGGUCAUUACUCACGACCGGAUCUGCUUCAAUUGAGGGUCAACAAAACCGCUGCCAAGUGCGUUGUUGACAUGGAGUAA